UUCACACAAAGUUUGGCUCCAGCGCUGCAGAGGGAGGGGGCGGCCCGGCCCGGCCAAGCUCUGCCCCCGCCGGCCCGACCCCGGCCCCAUCCCAGGACAAGCCCUUAUCUGAUCCAGGUUCAGGGCUUAAAAGUCCUGGUCCUGUCCGUCGCGCGGCUCUGCUCCUCACUCUUGCCCGCCCCGUCCGUCAUCUGUCCUGCUGGCCCGUCCGAGGGGCCACUGUACCUGGGACACAAGAUGACAUCCGUUGCCAAGGUGUAUUACAGUCAGACCACUCAGACAGAAAGCCGGCCCAUAAUGGGCCCAGGAAUACGGCGGCGGAGAGUCCUGACAAAAGAUGGUCGUAGCAACGUGCGAAUGGAGCAUAUCGCCGACAAGCGCUUCCUCUACCUCAAGGACCUAUGGACAACCUUCAUUGACAUGCAGUGGCGCUACAAGCUUCUGCUCUUCUCUGCAACCUUUGCGGGCACCUGGUUCCUGUUUGGCGUGGUGUGGUACCUGGUGGCGGUGGCCCAUGGGGACCUGUUGGAGCUGGGUCCCCCUGCCAACCACACCCCUUGUGUGGUACAGGUGCACACACUCACUGGAGCCUUCCUCUUCUCCCUUGAAUCCCAGACCACCAUUGGCUAUGGCUUCCGCUACAUCAGUGAGGAGUGCCCUCUGGCCAUUGUGCUUCUUAUUGCCCAACUGGUGCUCACCACCAUCCUGGAAAUCUUCAUCACUGGUACUUUCCUGGCAAAGAUUGCCCGGCCCAAGAAGCGAGCCGAGACCAUCCGUUUCAGCCAGCAUGCGGUUGUAGCCUCCCACAAUGGGAAGCCCUGCCUUAUGAUCCGAGUUGCCAAUAUGCGGAAGAGCCUCCUCAUUGGCUGCCAGGUGACAGGCAAACUGCUUCAGACCCACCAGACCAAGGAGGGUGAGAACAUCCGGCUCAAUCAGGUCAAUGUGACUUUCCAAGUAGACACGGCUUCCGAUAGCCCCUUCCUCAUCCUCCCCUUGACUUUUUAUCAUGUGGUAGAUGAGACCAGUCCCUUGAAAGAUCUCCCUCUUCGCAGUGGUGAGGGUGACUUUGAGCUGGUGCUAAUUCUGAGCGGGACAGUGGAGUCCACCAGUGCCACCUGCCAGGUGCGCACUUCCUACCUGCCGGAGGAAAUCCUCUGGGGUUAUGAGUUCACACCAGCCAUCUCACUGUCAGCCAGUGGCAAAUACAUAGCUGACUUCAGUCUUUUUGACCAAGUUGUGAAAGUGGCCCCCCCUAGUGGCCUUCAUGACAGCACUGUGCGCUAUGGGGACCCUGAAAAGCUCAAGUUGGAGGAGUCAUUAAGGGAGCAAGCUGAGAAGGAGGGCAGCGCCCUCAGUGUGCGUAUCAGCAACGUUUGAUGGCCUCUUCCUACCUCCCAAGCCCUCUGUUCUCUUCCUCUCUUUCAAUGCCCUGGGCAAGGGAUACUACCUGGGUUUGCUGCAGAGCCCCAGAAGCACCCAUCCCUUAUACUCCUUCUUCAAUCCAGAGGCCUGCCAGUGGUGUAGGCCAGCUGGAAGCCCACAUUUCCUCCUCCUGUUCCUUUUCACCUUCCCCUGCUUCUACCCUAAGGCACACAACUCCCUUAAGCCAGGAUGGGGGAAGGAGAGAGAAGAUUAGGCUGAGGUGGCUUCGAAGGCCUCAGCCAUGCUUGGAGACUCACGUUAAGGGGACCAUGUGGUUGGAUGGAUAGACUCCCCCCCACAGAAAGCUCGGUGACUUGAGGCUGGAGGCCCCUACUCUAUGUUUAAGUUCUCUCAGGCAAGACUCUUUUGAUGGUUGCUAUGUGGUCGGUACCCUCAGAAACGUAAGAAUCUGAAAUCACUUUAUUUUAGAGUCAUUAUCAACCCCCGUUCAAAGAAACCAGAGGUUGUCAUUGUGUAUUUAAUUUUUGCUGGUAACUCUUGACCAUAAUCUGGGCCCUCGAUUACCACUACUUUUCCCUUUUUUAGUUUCCAAAUGGAGAUUUGAGGAUAUAUAGUUCUUUCACAGCUUGUAUUUUCAGAGAAUUGGAAAGGGCCUGAGAAACAGACAUAUACUCACCAUACCCACACCUACACCCAUCCUGGAUUCUGAGUUCUCAAUUUUUGAGCUUCUGUCCAAAGCUUUGAACCUGUCCUCCAGGCUGCCCUGGGAUUUGCUCCCCUGUAUUCUAUGAAUGAGAGGACUCUGGCCAAUACGUUCCCAUGUAUAAGUUUAGAGUCUAGGCCCAUGGAAAGGACUGAAAAUGACAUUCCUGAUCACACAUAUGUGAUUCUUCUUCACUUUCCCACCUAGUGCAGACCUCUCUUUUAGAGAACAGGAGAGAACAAGGCCUUUCCUCUCUUAACACCAAUGUGUAACUAAGACUAGAUCUGCAGGCAUAGACCCCACCCCCACCGCAGAAAAGUUAAACCAAGUUCACCAGGAGGGAUGGGUACAUUCUCAGAUUUCCAGGCUGAUGUAUAGAAUUUGUGAUUCUUUGUUAAGGUUUGGGCUGGCAGCCACUAUUCUGUUACACCUCCUAAUUUCUUUUUGAAAAGUUCCGGUUAUAUGAUUAGACAAUGUUGGUGGUGGUGGUGGGGUGAAAAUGAUACCUCUUGAUCAAACAACCCUGGCUACCCUCAGCCAAUCCUGAAACUUUCUAUACAAUGAUGAAAAUCAGUGUUAUCUUUACUCUCCUCUGCGUGGGAUAGUUUCAGGAAAGUUUAAAAGAUACUCUAAGAGAUAAGACAAAGGCCAUUCCUUGUUCCUAGUGGGGUCUGGUAGGAGUCGAGGAAGGGCAUAUGGGCACCAGAUUGUUUCCUAAAGCCCCAAAUCCCAUGAGUACUCCCUGGUCUCACUUAGGUGCAAAGGAAUCCCCACAAAGUGGUUUGGCAUGGAAUCUGUGUGUGAAUUUUAUUUAAGGUGUGCUCAGUUUUUACAAGCUACACACCUGUGUAGAAUGUAUACAUGCAUCUACGUGCAGAGCCUUGUAGAGAAACUCACAGAAUUUUGAGACUGGACCUACUUCAACUGUGCAGUCCUCUUAAACACUGAACUCUCCUGGAACGUAACUAACUAUAUCUUGAAAAGGAAGACCCUUCAGUCUCCACUCUCUAUAAGCCCCACCAUAAGUCUCUGGGUCUCAUAAAAGUGAGAACCAGAAAAACUUGAAAAUCUGAAAGAAUAGAAAGCAAAGAGCCAGUUUCUGCACUCAACUUUAUUCUACAUUAUACUUACCUGAUUUCGCGUAUAAGCACAGAAUAUACUAAUGUGUGUGUGUGUGUGUGUGUGUGUGUGUGUGUGUGCGUGCGCAUGUGUGCGUGCGCAUGUGUGCGUGCACGGACCUCUUAUCCACUGGCAAUUUGUCCUCCAUCUGGUUUCUUUUGCACGUUGCUAUUUCCCUCUUGAAGGAAUUAUUUUCUUUCUUUUCCUCGCUAUCUAUUCUAAGCCCCCCGACUUGAUCCAGAUUCUUGAAUAACAGUGUGAACAGAGAGCAAUUCUGCUUUAACCUUUUUAUUUUUAACUUCCCUACAAUUCCAAGCUUUGUUUUAAGUUGCACUUUAAAUAAUAUUGUCCUAUUAAUAAAACAUGGCACCUUCCCCAAUAUAUCCCUUGUUCCCCAAGGAACAACUCCUCCCACCCCAAUCCUAGUUUUGUAGACUACAGCCUAUCUCCUCUGACUGGGAAUUCUCUUUCAGACUACAGGACUUGCUUUAAGCAGUCAAGUCUGGUUAGAGAUGGGCUAUAGACUUGGAAUGUCGCGGAGAGCUGCAGGCACAGACGUUAACACAGGGUGGGGGUGGGGGCAUUUGAGAAGAUGGGCAAAACAAUUGAUGGGGAAGGGCACCAGAUGUAUGAGAAAAGCAGGGGCUGGGGACCCAGUGAAAUCAAUGAAACCCUGGAGUCUCACUUGGGCUGGCAAACAAGACAUACGUGGAGGUUUGUGCAUUAAGAUACAAUCUAUAAGAAAGGUUUAUGUAAAGAGAAAAAACAGAGUUAAUAUAUAGAGAUAUGUAUAAAGAUGUAUAUAUGCCCAAAUAUACUGAAUGUACAGAAAGGAAGUAUUCAGAGACUUUAACAGAGGGGGUGGAUAUUUUGCCCUAGUUGUGGGAGUAGAACACUCAGAUUUUCAGACUGACAACCAGUGAUCCUGGUAUUAACAUGGAAGUGACAGAGCUGAUGGAUUUCAGUUUUAAUGGUGGGAAGCGUGUGAUAGAAGUUCCUCUUCAGAAAUAAUGAGGCAUCCAUCAAGGCUUUUGAUGAAGCUGUGUUCAUAGGACCAGGAAGAGAAGAGCUGGGAAGAAAUGGGGAAGGAAGAGAUUCUACCCAUGGAAAUUUAGGAAAACUCCUACUGAUACGGUGUGUCCCCAUCCCCAGCAGCAUCCUGCUACUGUAGCAAAUAAAUAAAUAAAUGAGUAAAUAAAUGCA